GAAAGUGAUGGAUUUACAUACUAAUAUCUAAAUGAUAUUGUACCGUUUAUUACAACAACAAAAUAUUUUGUGAGUACGCUUAGUUUUUCGAAUAAUAGUAGAUAUUACUUUGGCUUUUAAAAGCAUUACCUAAUCAUCAAUUCUAAAUAGAUUCAAAAGUGCCACCCUUCACAUCCUUGGAGUAACAGACGUAGAGAAGAUCAUACUGAAGUUUUAAACGUCUGGUAUUAAACGCAUGUGUGUAUUUAUUAAAAACCGACGCAAUAAAUGGCAAGAUUGACUCCAAUUCGGAUCUUUCUUCUUCUGAGUGCAACGUUUCUGUUUAUACAGGUAUAUCUUGUUGGAUCAAUAUUUGAUGCCGACGUCAAUAUAGUUAGGUCUAUCCAUUCUGCAUAUGGAUAUUUUGGAUCAACAUGUACACCAGCUAGAAAUAUUGUCUUUAUCAAAGUUCCAAAAUGUGGUGGCUCCACAAUAACAAACAUAUUUCAACGCUAUGGUGAAAAACAUAAUCUGAGAUUCUUAUUCCCAAAAGCUGGAAAUUCGACCAUUCAUUCUACAGAAAUAAGGGAUCACAUUGGUGAUGAUGUCAACCUUAUUGUAAAUCAUGUACGAUUUAAUGAAAAGUUCAUGAAGCAUUUAAUGCCAAGAGACACUUUAUAUAUCGGGGUGCUACGCAACCCUAUUGGGUUCCUCAAAUCAUAUUAUAAUUAUGCCGAAAAGGGCAUUAUAACGAAAGGGAACAACGUUUCAUUGGCUGAUUUUGAAGAAAAUCCCUGGAAGUAUCCAGAUCUAAAAGUGCAACGCAAUCGUCAAUCUUUAUAUUAUGGACAAUUGGAUAAAGAUACAACAUCUAAAGGAAUAGAUGAAUUUAUUUUACAUGUCGAUUCUAUGUUUGAUUUGAUUCUGAUAACUGACCAUAUGAAGGAAUCGAUAGUACUGCUAGGCGAGCUCCUCUGCUGGUCAAUGGAGGAUAUGCUAUAUGUCUCCCAUAAAGUAUCUACUGACGGACAACUAGGGGGAAAAUCAACAACUAGUUUUGAACACAGUUCAAACAUGACCCUCGCAGAGAAAAACUACCAAAUGCAUAGUCCAUCGGAUUAUGCAAUGUUUGAAUUCUUUAACAAAACUCUUUGGCGAAAAAUUAGCGCAAUGGGAAAGAGCUUUGAUGACAAGUUGAGUGAAUUUGAAGCAAUGCUAAAUAAUUUACAAAAUAGAUGCAGGUAUACUUCAGAAGGUUUAGGACUUUCAGAUGAAUAUAUUCAAUCUGUCAUAAAAGAGGACUCCGAUUCCGAGGACUAUUUGUGUCACCGUAUGCUGCUACCUUCACCACAGUACAUUGAGUAUAUUUUAAGACCAAAACAGAAAAUAUUGUGUCGAUCUUUUAAAGAAUGUCGAAUAUUGACAGAUAAGAGACAACUACCUAUCUAUUCCAAAUAAUACAAAAAUCGCUAUUAAUAAUCAAUGAUGUAUAAAUUGAUAGGGUCUUACUUUUUUUCAUUUGUGCAUUGCAAGACGAGGCAAGGAUGAAAAAAUAAAUUCAUUCCAAGGACUUCAUUUAUUACUUAAUUCAGAAAGAAGUGAAAUACCCCUGGACCGAGGAUGUACUCCCCUUAUGUUGGCCAACCUGGAUGAACACACUGGGGUAUAUUGCAAUAUAUAAAUGCUUAAAUAGUGCCUCGGAUUUGACAGCAGCACAUUGAAAUUGUGAAAACGCUCUUCUUGUACUUGUAAGUUCAGUUUUAGACUUUAAACCAUCUCAUAUAAAGAUAGAUCUAGAGAAGACAUACACAAGAAGAUUGAUCGAUAACAUUAUUAUAGCUACACAACAAACCCGGAGGUUAUACUUUGACAAUUAUGAAAAUGAAAAUGAUGUUAGAUUGUUUUGAAACCCUGAGACCAUAGUACCCUGCGCGCAGAGUCUAGUUAAACUACAAGAACUACUGAACUAAACUGAAGACGAAGCUCUCUUUUAAGAAGUGAAGUCAAACGAAUGCAAAGGGUAAGACCCCCGGUAAGACCAUAGAGAUCUUGCAACAUAUACGAAUGCAAUGCGUGGUAUUGGUUAUUUGUUUUUCGAUGAUUUAUUGUUGGAAUAGAAUUCGAAACUAACUCUGCAGUUGAUCAUAGAGUCAACAUUAAUGUUACAAAGCAUUAACAUACGAAAUAUCACCACUUGCCAUAUUUGUUACUAGACGCCAACCGCCGAACAUUGUCCUCAAAAAGUUAAAGACUAUAACAGUAUGGCUCAGUAUGUCAACAACGGUUGUGAUGACAAUAUUUCUAAAAUACAUGUAGGUUUAGGGUAACCAAAGUUCAAUAAUAAACUUGGAUCUUGAAUAUGUUAAGCGUCUUAAAAACACUAUUCAAAAUUGAAGAUGAACUAGUUUGAGAUUACAACAUAUUAUGUCGAAUCAGAGCCUGUGGCUCUUUUAAAAACAUUUAAGCAAAUGUUUUAUGACUAGGAGCUAAAAAGCUAUGUCACUCGUUAUUGUACUAAAAAAGAAUAAUGAAAUCAAAAGACAUGUUGCUUCUUGGUUCAUAUUGAAUCUAUAUGUAAAC